AGGAACGAUGGGACAAACAGGAAGGCAUCCUACGGUAGGUCGGUUUCCGAGAAAUCCUCCAUCAUGUCGGACUUGAAUAUCGAUCGCAUGAUGCCAUUCCCGGAGAUUCUGGACAACUCUCCCACUUCCCCAGCCGAUUAAGGGGGUGCGCGAAGCUCAUCCUGCAACAUUAGGACGGUUGGCACUCUCAUGGACAAGCCACCCGGUUUCGUUCGGGUAUCGUGCUCGGCCGGCAACUCCACGUCAAACAUCGCGGCAAUCACACAUGUUCACCAUCAUUUGCUGCUUAUUUUCUUUUUGCUGCCGACACUGCGAGUGCGGAUGUGGUAAUUAAUGGGUUUAUGCGGUUUUUCUUUUUCUCUCGCCGGGUGUGGUGUGUGGGGGUUAUAUUGCCAGGAGAGGGAUGGAAGGUGGGGAGCGCAUGCUCCGUGAUGGGCAUACAACUGCACAAAAUAUGCUGAUGGACCGUGUUCUCGGGUUUGUAUUCUGAGUUUGAGCUCCUUCUGUUCUGGCUAUGCUACGCAUACGAGUACUUAUACCUGGUGCAUUUCCUUCUGUUUUUUUUCUCUCCCGUGCUGAGUAGCAGUCACGCUUGACUAACCGACCGACACUUGGCCGAGCGAGAAAACGACAUGGCCGUGAUUGAUGCUAAGGAGGAGGUUGUCAAUUCGCCAGUCACCAGUUAUGUUCCCACGGAAGGGAGUGUCGGGAAGGGGUGGUUCGUCGCUUGGGAAGAGAUAAAGUUCUUGUUCACGACCAGAGAGGGUUUGCUCGGGAAUUAUGAGUCGGUUUACCAUCUUUGCUUCCGGGCUUUUCCGGUCUUGGGCUUUUACUAAUGAUGGGGGCUGUAGCUAUGCGUGGUUAUUGACGCCGGAUGUUCCCCCGUUUAAUCGAAAGUAUAAGGAUCGGGUGAAGCCCUUUUACGGCAUUGAUGAGAGGAUACCAUUACUGUUGACCUUGCUGUUGGGUUUGCAGCAUUCGCUUGCCAUGGUGGGCGGGGGUCUGUAUUGCGCUCGUGCCACCCUGCGGAGUGCGAACUAAUAAGUUUACAGUGGUUACUCCGCCCUUAUUGAUUGCUGGGGCAUCGGGUGCAAAUCUCAAUGCCGAGACCGUCGCAUACCUGGUCUCCGCAUCCCUGAUCCUCUCUGGGAUAUUCAGCUUCUUCCAGAUCAUGCGCUUUAAAGUUUUCAAUACCGGCUUCUACAUCGGUACGGGCAUGAUAUCGGUUGUUGGGGAAGCCUUUGCUGUGGUUCCCAUUGCCCAAGCAUACUUUACCGGACAAUACGAAGGCGGUCGUUGCUCAACUGUAAAUGGGGUCAAGCAGCCAUGUCCGGAGGCCUAUGGUAGUUUUAUCGGGACCGUAGCAGUUGUCAUGUUGUUUCAGGUUCUGAUUAGCCUCAUCAAGCCCAGGACUCUAAUGAAGAUCUUCCCCAAUCUGGUUACCGGGAUGGUCCUGCUCUGUAUCGGGGGAGGCUUGGUUGCCAGUGGAGUCAAGAGCUGGGCGGGUGGCAGUGGCCCUUGUGAGUUUCGCUAGGCUGGAUGGGAAGGGAUGGGACUGACGAGAGCAGGUAUGGCGAGACCUGAAAGUGGAUUCUUCAAAUUGUGUCCGAAUAUCAAGGCACCGGAGCCACGGCCUUGGGGUGACCCUUCGUUCAUUGGGUUGGGUUUCUCUGUAUAUGCUACCAUCCUCCUGGUAGAGCUUUUCGGAGCUCCUUUGAUUCGGAACUGUUCUGUUGUAGCCGGACUACUGGUUGGAGCUAUAAUUUCCGCCGCUACCGGCUUCAUCGACUCAAAGACUAUUACCGCCGCUCCGAGCGGUACGUUUGUUUGGGUCAAGACAUUUCCGUUGUCAGUGGACGGGAGUCUGGUGUUGCCGUUACUUGCAUGCUGCAUCACAACCCUGGUUAGCUGUCUCGGCGAUGUGAUUGCUACCGCGGAGGUGAGCGGGAUAGAUAUAGAUGGUACGAGUGGCGAUUUGGAUACCCGAGUCCAAGGGGGAUUGACAGCGGAUGGGAUUUGGAGUGUCCUUGCAGCUCUAGGAACAUGUACCCCUCUUGUUUGCUUUGCGCAAAACAAUGUAAUCACCCUUCCCCGCUCUUUCCUUCUCCAACUGACCUCUCUAGGGAGUAAUUGCUUUGACGGGAUGCGCCUCUCGCAGAGCGGGCUACGCCUGUUGCUUUUUCUUGCUCCUUGCGGGUAUUGCCAGUAAAUUCGGUGCAUCGUUAGUGGCACUUCCGCCCAGCGUGAUCGGAGGAAUGACAACCUUCCUCUUUACCACGAUUGUGGUCUCUGGCCUCCGGAUACUCUCCACUGUGACUUGGAACAGGCGCAAUAGAUUUAUCAUCACGGCCGCGUUAGCACUUGGUCUAGCAGAUUUGAUUGUGCCGGACUGGCUGGUGCAUCUAUUGCCAACCGGGAAAGGGGGGAGUCUUCAGGGGUUCUAUGAUGGGAUCAGUGUUGUGAUUAGAACAGCGUACUGUCUUGUCGCAAUAGUGGGAGUUUUACUCAACUGGAUCAUUCCCGAGGAGAAUACGGGCGAUGGUGGGCUUCUGGGGAGUGAGACUAGCAAUAGAGGUGCUAUUGCGGGGUCUGAGCCGGGAAGAAAGGUGGACUAAUCUAUACUUUCAUGUAUUGCAAUUCCCAUUUCUCCGAUUUCUGAACGGGUCCUUUGUCUUUAGUAUCUUUUAGUGACUGGGCAAUCUUGAAAAUAUUCCCGCGG